AAUGCCAGAAGUAGACGAUUAUUUUAAAGAAUUUAAUAUAAAUGAUUGGAGUUAUGAUGGAUUUCUCAAAUUCUUGACAAUUGAAAAAUGUAGAGAAGAAAUUUGGAUAGAUUCCUUGAUAGCGAUUAGUAAAAAUAAUAAAUAUCCAGUAAGAUGCCGUAAAAAAGCGAACCAUAUUUCAAAUGACUAUUCUCCUGUGAUUGUUGUCAUUCCUUCUAAGCAAAGCAUUAUUAUCUUCAACAUAUAG